GACCGUCGACUCGGGGCAUGAGAGGCAGCGCGGUUAGCUCGUCAUGGUCACUGCUCAUGACUUCAAGCGUCAGGGUAUGCAGGAUAAUAUCGGGACUGAUGAGAUAGCUGGCUCUAAGCGGUAGUAGUCUCGUCGCAAUAUUCUGUGUUUCGAAGACAUUUUGAGUAGUGUGCGACUCUGGACCUACUAAUAAUAGAGGCUCAUGAACAACUUGUCGACCCUUUGAGUCCACUGUAUGGCUUGACGUUAUUUCAGGUUCCCGUUCACCUCGUUUGUGAAGUCUGUCUCGACAAUGCUCAAAAUUCAAUCGUGAUGUGGGACAUAUGCAUAAACCCUGACCGAUUCGGAUUUCGGCACAGCCUUUCCCAUUCUUGAAGAACGGUGUUUCUCGCUUGGUUUCCUACAACAAUAUUCCCCAUCUUCUCUUGUACCUCCUACAACACCGCCGGUAGUGCUAGAAUGCCUAAAAGCAAACGAGACGACCGACCCCAUGUCUGCGUGGAGUGCCUUCAGACAUUUAGACGGAAUCACGACCUCGAGCGGCAUUGGCUAGCGAAGCAUGCGUCAGAAGAAGAAAAGGCAUCGAGAUCUUGGUAUUGCCUGUGCGGGCUCAGCGGCAUACAGUGGACCAACAUUGCUUCGCACAUUCGUACCCACACUGGCGAGAAGAUCCGUUGUAAGGAAUGCUCCUUCGAGGCAACGAGCAACGCAAAUAUGACGCGACAUCGACAGGGAAAACUCCCCGACUACCCCUGCUCGUCUCGCAAGAAAACAAAGGCCAAAAAUUCCCGACCUGCAUCUCCUAGCCCCACCGACGACGACACUGCCAGUUCUUCCAGCUUCUCUGGCAUUGUACCCUUGACUGCAGAAGAGUACGCCCAAUUCUUAUCCCUGAUCCGCAGCGCUCGGGAAGAAGUUCCUCUGGCUCCUUCAAGUCAACCUACCUCGCCUGGCCUUGGUAACCCUUACCCAGUCGUCCCUCGCUUACCCACGCCUUCGCCCCCUCCUGAAGCAUUCCUCCCGAUUCCAGAGGAGUACCGCCUACCCCCGCUGAUAAACGUCAACCACUAUGACCUUGUCGCAGCCAGCGCGCCUAGCACGUCGCACUCCCGCCGCUGCGCGCCCCAGUGAGGCAGGUCACCAAGGGGAACCGUAUCUCGAUUUGAUAUCGUAGCUUUCUCCAAGUUCUUUUUUACUUCUUGCUGUGCUUUCUGUUCGCCAUAUCGUCUGUUGUCUUCGUUUGUUCUCUGCUUGAAUUAUUUGUGAUUAUUGGUAAUUGCGCAGUGUUUAUUGAAUGCAU